AUGCUCCUCGUGGCCCCCGAGGGCAACGUUGUCCAGUUUGAUGGCCCGGAUCCGAACGGUGACCAAUGCCACCAAACAUACUUCGUCGGCGAUUUGCAAAUGGUAGAAGAACAGAAAAACCUUGGCGAUUGCGGCGGGGAAGUCGACCUGCAGCGGUACGAGAAUGGCUUGUAUCACGGGCUCUCGAACCAACUCCUGGUGCAUAUUUGCUUCGGGCGAGGGGACACCGACGGGAUAGCUUUUGAAUUCACCGCCAACGUCGGGGAAAAGGAUCAUCAUUUUAAA